AUGAUUGAUCAAGCUCUAGACGAUAACGUUUCUGAAAAUGACGAGGAGGAAAGCUUUUUCCAAGAUGUAGACAUAUUACAGAAGCAUGGUAUCAACGUAGCAGACAUAAAAAAAUUAAAAGCGGCAGGAAUAUGCACUAUAAAGGGGAUUCAGAUGUCCACAAAGAAGAAACUGUGCAAUAUCAAAGGUUUUUCUGAUACUAAAGUUGAGAAAAUCAAAGAAGCUUGUCAAAAAGUUGCAACUCUUGGUUUCAUGACGGCGUUAGAAGUGAGCGAUCGGCGGAAACACGUUUUCAAAAUUAGUACGGGGAGUAAGGAAUUAGAUAAGUUACUGGCUGGCGGAGUGGAAUCAAUGGCGAUUACUGAAGUGUUCGGUGAGUUUCGCACAGGCAAGACUCAACUAUCGCACACUUUAUGCGUUACCACGCAAAUCCCCAACUCUACUGGUUACCACGGCGGGAAAGUCAUGUUCCUUGACACUGAACAUACAUUCCGGCCUGACCGACUGCGGCCAAUUGCAGACAGAUUCAAUUUAGACCAAAGUGCAGUCCUAGAUAACGUGCUAUACGCCAGAGCAUAUACGUCAGAACAUCAGGCGGAAUUGCUAGACUAUGUGGCAGCCAAGUUCCACGAAGAAGCUGGGCUAUUCAAGCUACUUAUAAUAGACUCUAUCAUGGCAUUGUUUAGAGUCGACUUCUCAGGACGAGGCGAGUUGGCUGAUAGACAGCAAAAACUAGCGCAAGUACUCUCACGGUUACAAAAGAUAUCUGAAGAAUAUAAUGUCGCAGUUUUUAUAACGAAUCAAAUGACAGCCGAUCCCGGGGCAACGCUGUCUUUUCAAGUGGACCCGAAGAAGCCUAUAGGGGGCAAUAUUCUUGCUCACGCAUCUACCACGCGAAUAUCUUUGAGGAAGGGCCGUGGAGAAAAUAGGAUCGCUAAAAUAUACGAUUCGCCCGAUUUGCCUGAAAGUGAAGCCACUUUUGCCAUAACAAAUGGAGGUGUGGCUGAUGCUAAAGAUUAAACAUUAUUGAAACAA